GAGGAGCAUAUUACUUAAUAUCUAGAAGUCUAGGCCCAGAAUUUGGUGGUGCGAUUGGCCUGAUCUUCGCUUUUGCCAAUGCUGUUGCAGUUGCUAUGUAUGUGGUUGGAUUUGCAGAAACUGUGGUGGAAUUACUUAAGGAACAUUCCAUACUUAUGAUAGAUGAAAUCAAUGAUAUCCGGAUUAUUGGAGCCAUUACAGUGGUGAUUCUUUUAGGUAUCUCAGUUGCUGGAAUGGAGUGGGAAGCAAAAGCUCAGAUUGUUCUUCUGGUGAUUCUCCUUCUUGCAAUUGGUGAUUUCGUCAUAGGAACAUUUAUCUCACUAGAGAGCAAGAAACCCAAAGGUUUCUUUGGAUAUAAAUCUGAAAUAUUUAAUGAGAACUUUGGACCAGAUUUUCGAGAAGAAGAGACUUUCUUUUCUGUAUUUGCUAUCUUUUUUCCUGCUGCAACUGGUAUUCUAGCUGGAGCAAAUAUCUCAGGUGAUCUUGCAGAUCCUCAGUCAGCCAUACCCAAAGGAACACUCUUAGCCAUCUUCAUUACUACAGUGGUUUACAUAGGAAUUGCAGUGUCUGUAGGUUCUUGUGUUGUUCGGGAUGCCACUGGGAAUGUUAAUGACACCAUUGUAACAGAGAUAGCAAACUGUACUUCUGCAGCUUGCAAAUUAAACUUUGACUUUUCAUCUUGUGAAACCAGUCCUUGUUCCUAUGGUCUAAUGAAUAACUUUCAGGUAAUGAGCAUGGUGUCAGGAUUUGCACCAUUAAUUUCUGCAGGUAUCUUUUCAGCCACUCUUUCUUCAGCAUUAGCAUCUCUUGUGAGUGCUCCCAAAAUAUUUCAAGCUUUGUGUAAGGACAACAUCUAUCCAGCUUUCCAGAUGUUUGCUAAAGGUUAUGGAAAAAAUAAUGAACCUCUUCGUGGUUAUAUCUUAACAUUCUUAAUUGCACUUGGAUUCAUCUUAAUUGCUGAAUUGAAUGUUAUUGCUCCAAUUAUCUCUAACUUCUUCCUUGCAUCGUAUGCAUUGAUCAAUUUUUCAGUAUUCCAUGCCUCACUAGCAAAGUCUCCAGGAUGGCGUCCUGCAUUCAAAUACUACAACAUGUGGAUAUCACUUCUUGGAGCAAUUCUUUGUUGCAUAGUGAUGUUUGUCAUUAACUGGUGGGCUGCAUUGCUAACAUACGUGAUAGUCCUUGGCCUGUAUAUUUAUGUUACCUACAAAAAACCAGAUGUGAACUGGGGAUCCUCUACACAGGCUCUGACUUACCUGAAUGCACUGCAGCACUCAAUUCGUCUUUCUGGAGUAGAAGAUCAUGUGAAAAACUUCAGGCCACAGUGCCUUGUUAUGACAGGUUCUCCAAACUCACGCCCAGCUUUACUUCAUCUUGUUCAUGAUUUCACAAAAAAUGUUGGUUUGAUGAUCUGUGGCCAUGUGCAUAUGGGUCCUCGACGACAAGCCAUGAAAGAGAUGUCCAUUGAUCAAGCCAAGUAUCAACGAUGGCUGAUUAAAAACAAAAUGAAGGCUUUUUAUGCUCCAGUUCAUGCAGAUGACUUGAGAGAAGGGGCACAGUACUUGAUGCAGGCUGCUGGUCUUGGUCGCAUGAAACCAAACACACUUGUCCUUGGAUUUAAGAAAGAUUGGUUACAAGCAGAUAUGAGGGAUGUGGAUAUGUAUAUAAACUUAUUUCAUGAUGCCUUUGACAUACAAUAUGGAGUAGUGGUUAUCCGCCUAAAAGAAGGUCUGGAUAUAUCUCAUCUUCAAGGGCAAGAAGAAUUACUGUCAUCACAAGAGAAAUCGCCUGGUGCCAAGGAUGUGGUAGUAAAUGUGGACUACAAUAAAAAAUCAGAUUUGGAUACUUCCAAACCGUCUGGUGAAAAAUCUGUUGCACAUAAAGAUGAGGAAGAGGAUGGCAAGACUCCAACUCAACCACUGUUGAAAAAAGAGUCCAAAGGCCCUAUUGCACCUUUAAAUGUAGCUGACCAAAAGCUUCUUGAAGCUAGUACACAGUUUCAGAAAAAACAAGGAAAGAAUACUAUUGAUGUCUGGUGGCUUUUUGAUGAUGGAGGUUUGACCUUGUUAAUACCUUAUCUUCUGACUACCAAGAAAAAGUGGAAAGAAUGUAAGAUCAGAGUAUUUAUUGGUGGAAAAAUAAACAGAAUAGACCAUGACCGGAGAGCGAUGGCUACUUUGCUUAGCAAGUUCCGAAUAGACUUCUCUGAUAUCAUGGUCCUAGGAGAUAUCAAUACCAAGCCAAAGAAAGAAAAUAUUGUAGCUUUUGAUGAAAUGAUUGAGCCAUAUAGACUUCAUGAAGAUGAUAAAGAACAAGACAUUGCAGAUAAAAUGAAAGAAGAUGAGCCAUGGCGAAUAACAGAUAAUGAGCUUGAACUUUAUAAGACCAAGACAUAUCGACAGAUCAGGUUAAAUGAGUUAUUAAAGGAACAUUCAAACACUGCUAAUAUUAUUGUCAUGAGUCUCCCAGUUGCACGAAAAGGGGCUGUGUCUAGUGCUCUGUACAUGGCAUGGUUAGAGGCUCUAUCAAAGGACCUGCCACCAAUCCUCCUAGUUCGAGGGAAUCAUCAGAGUGUCCUUACCUUCUAUUCUUAAUUGUUCUACAAAGUGGACUGCCCUCCAGAAUGGUACUUCAGUGCCUAGUGAAGUGACUGAAAUCUUCAGUGAUGCAUUAACAUCACAAUGGCAAACUGUGACUUUUCUUUCACUGUUUCAUUAAUUUGAAAGCACACAGGAAAGUUGCUCCAUUGAUAUGUGUAUAUGGAGGCCAGUUUUAGUCAAUUCCAUAUCUCAAUCUUAAUGAAUGGUGAUUCUUAUUGGACUGAAGUUCAUGAGAGUAAAGUUUUCCUUUGCUACUUGAAUAGCAAUAAAAGCGUGUUAUUUUUUGAUUGAUGAAAGGAGUACAAAAAGCUUUUUGCCUUGAGGUGCCUUCUGAAAUUAACCAAAUUUCAUCCAUAUAUCCUCUUUUGUAAAUUUUUAGAAUGUUGGACUUUGCCUUCAUAUAUUAUUUUUAUUUCUAGUCUCUUCAACCUUAAAAAAAAUGGAUACUGUUUUUCAUCUUCCAUUGACCAAUUAGUGUUGAGUACUGUAUGUUUUCUAUUGCUUUUGGAAAAGUAUCUGUCAUUAAGGUAAGAAUUAAGGCAAGCUAAUUAAAAAUUGAGGAAAAAAAUAGUAACCAAAAAGUGGACCCCAAGGUUAGGUUUAUACAAGUAUAUGUAAAUGUAGAGUUAGGAAAAAGAGUCCCCAAAUACCUAUUUUUAAAUCCUUAGAGAGGGUUGAAUAUUCACCCAGUACUGCUGUAUACCAUGCUGAAAAAUCAUCAUUCUUUAAUCCUUAAGAUCAUUUGUAUUUAAGAGAGAUCUGUCCUAAUCUAGAAUUUCCCUCAAAUCUGAGAGACUUAGAAUAUGCUAAAAGAUGUUACUUGAGGAAAUUUAGACAAAACAAUGUCAUUUCAUAAAAUAUUUCAAUAAACAUUGUAUGGGAUUUCAUUUUACUUUACCAUCCUUUAUAAGUCAUUCAA